UUAAAUCGACCUAAUCGCGUCUCGGUUCGUGCCUUGGUCUCCGUCUUCCUCUUCCUGAUGACCUUCUCCGGCAGCUGCUUCCCGCGGCCGACCUGCUCUCCGCCGGCCGAGAUCUGAUCCCGUAACCAUGGCGUCCCCCUCCGAUACCGAUCGCACGGAGCAGAUCAUCAUCCACUUCCUCCACAAGACUCUCCACGUGGUGCUGGCCUCGCGCAUCCCCCAUAUCCGCCCGGCACCACGCCCCUCCUCCGGAAAGCGCGACCGCUGGUUCCACCUCGACCUCGGUGACCUCCCGGCCCCGAUCGCGCACCAUGGCGCCUUCAUGGAUCCAUUGGUCAUCGACAUCCUCCUCACCCCGCGACGCGACGCAGCCGAAUCCGAAGCCGGAGAGGCUGUCGUGGAGCGGUGGACCGCCCAGUGCGUCCCCUGGCCCGCCACUUCGCACCACCCCCAUGAUGUUGGCUCCCUCCAAUCCAGGACCUACAAGAAAUCAGCGAUUCUACUCAGAUCUCUCCAUUCGCUGCUCCGGAUCCUCCCGUCUCACCGGAUCUUCCGGAUGCUUUGCUCCUCUGCCCAGUCUUACAACUACGAGCUUGGCUACCGGGCUUCCUCAUUCGCGGCGCCGUUUUCUAGGGCGGAAGAGGCGGAUUUGAAGAAAUACAGCUUCGCCCCAGUGGAGACCCUAUUCGGCCAGUUAGUCGUUUCGGUGCAGUACCGCCCAAGCCUCGCUGCUUUCCACCUCGAAAUCUCCUCCCCGAUUGCGCCGAUGAUCAUAACCAAUUACAUCGGUAGCCCUGCGGCUGAGCGCAGUAGGCCUUUCCCUUCUUCGAUGCCUAAUUGGACAUCUCGCCCGACCACAUCUCAGAAUCCACCCAAGGACUUCCGGCCAUCGGCCGCGGCAGCUCCUCAAUUCAAUCGCCCGCACAGCUGGAAUGUUGCACCCAUGGCGCACCACCCGCUCAGUUCGCCGCAGGAUCGUGUCUGCAAGUUAGGAUCCUCGCCUCCUGAGCAUUAUGGCCGUCUGGGGCCUAACCAGCUGUCGCUGAGCGAUAGGAAAGGAAAUUUAAAUUUUGAUGAUUUUCGGCUCUCCCCGCCGUUCUCGACUUCGACGUCCUCUUCGCCUCCGACACUGGGUAGCCAUUCCCUUCGAUCCAGGUUACACAUGGAGACGGCACCAAUGAGCAUACCUGUGUUAGAGACAAGGAAGAACCAGACGAACCGCAGUCCAAACCUUUCGGAUCCUUUCAAGAGCCUUUUACCACCGCUAUCUCCUAGAAGUACAAGGCCUGAUCCUUCAAGCCAGGAGUCUCCUUCCAAGAGCAGAUCUUUCAGAAAGUCAGAAGGUUUGAGUGGAGGCGAUAUCUACUUAAACUUGCAUAUGCACACUGCAUAUAAGGGUCUCAAGGAUGGUCGGGAUGAUUCUGGAAGAUUCUCUGCUUUGUCUUCUGGUGGUUCACCUAGGUAUGCCUUUUCAAGAAGCUCCAGUCGUUUCUCAAUGCAGGAUGAUCUUGACGAUACAGAUUUCUCUUACCCAUUUGCUGUGGAUGAUGUUGACACAUCAGAUUCCCAUACGAGGAGCCCUGAUGUCAAGGAUGCAGAGUAUUCUUCCUCUCAUAAAUCACAACAGGCAGCUGUUGGAAAUCUUGUCCACAUGUUAAAGACCGCGCCGCCUCUUCGCCAAGAUCAGAGCUGUUCAUCGCAGUCUUCUGACCUAAAUGGAGAAAUUAGCACGAGCAGUUCCAUCUUGUCUAGGAAAACAAGUGAUGCUCUGGAGGAACUCCAGACGUACCAAGAGAUGAAGAACCUUCUUCUUUCCAAGAGUGGGGCUGGGACUAAGUUACAAGAAUCUCUUCAAGAAAAGAGAAACAAAGAGUGACGAUACUUAGACCGAAAAUGAAAUGCUAAUGAAACUGUCAAAGUGCUAACUCAAAAGGCCAGCAACUCCGAUGAUUCCCAUAGAUUUUGUUGUACAUAUAGCAAGAUUGUUGUUUGGAACUCUUAAAACUUCCUCCUAGGAAAUCUCUUGUUUCAAAAACUGAUCAUUUACCUAGUCUCAUCUGUAAAUAACUAUUAUCUUACCAACUUUAUGUGCCCAUUUAUUCAUGGUGAAUUUAUAUCUUGUGAAAAUUGAGUGCUAAAAGGAUUUGUUAUCUCAA